GAAGGAGGUGGCGGGCCCGGGCUGAGGCGGCCAGCCGGGUUGGGACCCGAGGCCCGGUGGGGAGUGGGGUGGGGGGAGCGGCAGGGGUCCGCGGGUUGAGUCGCUGUGGCUUCCCGAUGGCCCGGCCCCGGCCGGUGCGCCGUGGUUUGUUGCUCUCCUGGCGCCCGCGCGCCCCCAGCCUUUUGGUCCCCCAUCACUGAGCCCGAACCGCGAGCCUCCCCCACCAGACUCUGUGCCCCCUCUUGGGCCUAGUGGCUCCGUCUUGUCCCAUUUCUGUGUUCUGAGAGCUGGGUCUAAGGUUCGGGGUCCUCUUCCCUUCCCUACCAUUGCCUCUGACCUCUUCCUUCAUCCCUUCUGUGGUGUCUCCAAAUCAUUGCCCUCUUUACCGAGGAUCUCCUUGGGGAUCUUCUCUGUCCCUCUCGUUAUCUUUAUCUCCUGCCUUCGUCCCCCUGUCUGCCCUCUCGGUCUUUGCUCUCUUUUCCCAUCCUGGUCCCCCUUCCCCCAUUUCCUGCCCCCCCACCUCAGGAUUACCGCUCCCCCUCAUCUUCGCGGUGUUAUUAGGCUUUUUCAGCCCCGUGCCAGCAAUCCCUGUCUAUCUAAGCCCCUUUUACCCUGGCUACCCUCAGAUGCCCUGUUUUCGCCUCUCUCUCUAAUUUCCUUAUUAGCCCCGUCCCCUGCAUUCCUGUCACCUACCUCCCAGUUCCUUGCCUCUACUUCGGGAAGAAGCAUUAGCUAGCUCCACGCUCUACUCCGCUUUUCCCUUGACUUGCUGUUGAGAUACCCCCCUGGGGUGGGGUGGGGGGCAUUCAGCCCCUGAUUGAAGUAAGGGGCUGAAUGUCUGAGGUAAAUAGCAGGCAGGUCUGUUUGGGAGAAUUGACUUGGGUGUUGCAUCGGGGAUGAUGUCCAAUUUGUACACCAUUCUUCUAAUCUCAGUUUUAAUACUUCCCCUUUAUGGGUCUGUUGACUUCCAGGAACCCUUGGGGAGAGACCAGCCGCUGAGUUGGGUGUGUGCCAGGGGUAGCUGGAGGCCUCAUCCAACUCUUUUCCCCUUCCAGGAAACAGGGCUCCGUGUCUUUCCACUCUGGAUGUACCCAAGCAUGGUUACAUCAUGAUACUCCAGAUUAUCUCUGUCCUCUCUGCCCACCCUUCUCCCCGUGCCCCAUCCCAAAGAGCUAAGAGAAGUCUCCAGAAGUUGUGCCCCAGAGAAUGCCUUAACCUUUUUCCUCUGUACUGUGUCCAAGACAUUUUUUUCCUGCAUGAGUUUUGAAAUAGAUUGCCAGCCCGAUAGCCCUGGGGGUUGGCAGGCGGCUGUCCCGUUUGUUAUUGGUCACCUGAACCAGCCUCUGAUUUUCACUCGUACAUCCCUGACCUCACUGAAUGUGAGGGCCUCUGAUGUCAGUCACUGAGCAGGUUCUCUUGAAGAUUCUUCCUCCAUUUUCCUUGAGAGCUUAAUUUCCUGCGGAUCCAAGAGGGAGGCGGACCUUAAGUUCUGUUCCUUUUGCCCUGCCAGGUGGAUAUCUGCCUGGGGAGGUUGUGGAGCUGUAUUGGUUAGAUGGUGUCCGGAAUUUGAGUUGUGUCCAGUCACAGACAUAUCCUCUCUGGGGCUAGAGACCCCACCACCUUCUUGAUGUGUCUUCGUGUCAGGCAGAAAGUUCUUUUCAGAUGCUUUCAAUUUGCGCUCCUUUAUUUGGCAUUGGUCCCCUGGAGAGAUCUUCAGGAAAUAACAUAUCCUCUGUUUCUGCCCAAUCUGAUCUUGGAGGAUUCUGAAAGCAUGACCCACUCUCACAUUUAGAAAUGAAGGCCUGUUGUUUCACCUGGCUCUGGGUUUCUAGGUCUCCUCUUUUGAGGAUCGUGCUCUCUGUCUUUGAGCCAGAAUUGGACCCAGAAUUGGCAACCUUCAAGAGCUGUGGUGGACAGCCAAGUGAACCAGCUUGGACCAGACUUUAAAGUUUUGGAAUUCUCUUGUGCACUGACCCUUUUCUGUGAAAGGAGUACGAUUAUGGACUGCUGAGCCAGUUUCCUCUCCACUGGCCCCUGAGCCCCUUCCUAAGCAGUACUUGUGUCGGAUUUGGGCAGAAUGGACCAAAAGGGGUGGCCUUCUUCCUGUGAAAGCAUCCCUCCAGGGUUUGAAUGGGUCAUUCUGAUGGAGGUGAGCUUGUGUGUUUGGCAGUAAUUUAGUCCAGUCUCUGGCUCCCAAGGACUUGACCUGGCUCUUUGAGAGGUUUGCUACUGCUCUCUUUGCUUAUCCGUUAGUGGGGCUCUGUACCCAGGCAGCAGGUGAGAAGGGCCUGAGAAGAGGGCAAGCCCAGUCCUUAUGCAACAGCUUGGGCACCAGCAGCUCUGGCUGGAUACAUUCCUUCAGUUUGUCCACUCUGUGGCCUUUGUGGAUGGUCAGGAUUAUCAAUUACCAAGUUCCCAUUCAGUGAUUUUUUGCAGAGUUUGGGCCAGCCGUCUCUGUUUUUCAAAAGGUGUAGGCAGACAGACCCCUGACAUUAUUCUACAGAAGAUGUAACCUGUCAGCUCCUUAGUUUAACGGACUGUUCUUUUGUUUGGCUGCCUUUCUCCUUGCCUCUCCACCAGUGUUUUCUUCCUUUGGUGUGUGCCUCUACCCAUUGAAGAAGAAUGGCCCUUACCAGGCCUGUGGUCCCUCAGAUCUCUUCCCUAGGGGCCGGAUAGAGGAUAGCCAUGUUGUACACUGGCCUCGGAAGCAAGUAGGCUUCUGCUUUGGGUAGAGUACAGCUGUUCUGGCUGUUGUGCAAGCUGUCCUGAGGGCAUGCAGAUCCUGGCAUGUUCUGGGACCGUGUAGCUCCUCUCUUUCAGGAGUUGGAUUGUGGCUUUAAAGACUUCAGCUGUAUAGCCUGUCACUGAGGCUCACCUCCCAGUGUGUUCCCUGCUGGCUGGGAAGCUCAGUUGCAGGGCCCUUGUCCAGUGCCUGAGUAGGGCCUGGAAAUGCCAGGAGCUGCCCCACUGCCUUGCACUGUCCACGCUGGGAUCACUCUCUUCUUCCUCCCUACCCAGCGUUUCCACAGACUUGGUCUGUCCUGCCAGGCUCUGGCUUGUGUCGGGUCAGAAGUUCUGUGUGUGAUGAUUCCCUGGUCUAUGCCAUGUUGUCCCAGAUUGCACAGUGGCUGCUUGUCAAUGGUUUCAAAUCCCCGAGCAUUUUUCUGUGCCUUGGGAUCCAGGGGGAGGAGCCACUGACAGCAGCUGGUUUCAGAGGAGAGCUGGGCACUUGCUUGAGCCUGGCAGGGAGGAGAUGGCCUCUUGCAUCAGGUUUCAGACAUGUGGGUCUUCUUCCUUGGCAGGUGGUUCCUGGCCUUCAUAACUCCGAGGCUGGUGAUUGGGGUGUGACUCUAGUCCUGGUUCCAUGGGGCUUGGGUCAAGGACUCAAGCAUGACUCAGGGCAUCUCCAUUUAUGAGCUGCCACCUGUGGGGGAUGUUGGACUCCAGAUCCUUCUUCACGUUGCCAGCUCCUUGUGCCCCACCCUGGUAAAAUCAGCAAAGCCGGUGUCUGCUUACUUGGAAAUCAGCACACUACUUCCAGGACUGGGAAAUAUUUGCUGACUCAGGCUCAGAAUAACAACAUCUCAGGGGGUGUGUGUGUGUGUGUGUGUGUGUGUGUGUGUGGGAAGGACAGAGAAAGAGCCAGCUUGCUCGGGAGCACCUUUUGAGCCCUAGUGUUUAAUUAUAAUAUUAAAGCUGCUUUUCUGACCCCUGGUGCUUCUCAGCUGAAGAUGUUGGGUUUCUUUCUAUCCUGCAGUGUUGCGUGGUGUUUUGGGCAUGCACGUGGUACUCACGCAGUGGCUUCUGUUCACCGACAGAUGAGGACAGAUGCACCAAAGUGGCUGAUGGGAACUUCCCUGUAGAGGUCCAUCUGCGUCCAGACCCAGAUGAUGCCAGAGCUAUGACCGGGCCUGCAGGCGUGGCGCCGAGGGGAAAUCAGCCAUGGAGCAGCCACCAGGGGAAGCCCCUGAGGUCCGGCAAGAGGAGGAGAAAAAGGAAGUGGCAGAGGCAGAAGGAGGCCCAGAACUCAACGGAGGACCAGAGCGCUCGCUUCCUUCCAGCAGCUAUACAGACCUCUCCCAGAGCUCCUCACCACCCUCGCUGCUGGACCAGUUGCAGAUGGGCUGUGACGGGGCCUCGUGUGGCAGCCUCAGCAUGGAGUGCCGUGUGUGCGGGGACAAGGCAUCAGGCUUCCACUACGGUGUUCACGCAUGCGAGGGGUGCAAGGGCUUCUUCCGUCGGACGAUCCGCAUGAAGCUGGAAUAUGAGAAGUGUGAGCGGAUCUGCAAGAUCCAGAAGAAGAACCGCAACAAGUGCCAGUACUGUCGCUUCCAGAAAUGUGUGGCCCUGGGCAUGUCGCAUAAUGCCAUUCGCUUUGGCCGGAUGCCAGAGGCCGAGAAGAGGAAGCUGGUGGCAGGGCUGACAGCAAGCGAGGGGAAUCAGCACAACCCGCAGGUGGCCGACCUGAAGGCCUUCUCCAAGCACAUCUACAACGCCUACCUGAAAAACUUCAACAUGACCAAAAAGAAGGCCCGCGGCAUCCUCACCGGCAAGGCCAGUCACACGGCGCCCUUUGUGAUCCACGACAUCGAGACAUUGUGGCAAGCAGAGAAGGGCCUGGUGUGGAAGCAGCUGGUGAACGGCCUGCCACCCUACAAGGAGAUCAGCGUGCAUGUCUUCUACCGCUGCCAGUGCACCACAGUAGAGACUGUGCGUGAGCUCACCGAGUUCGCCAAGAGCAUACCCAGCUUCAGCAACCUCUUCCUCAACGACCAGGUGACACUUCUCAAGUAUGGUGUGCAUGAGGCCAUCUUUGCCAUGCUGGCCUCCAUUGUCAACAAGGACGGGUUGCUGGUGGCCAACGGCACUGGUUUUGUCACCCGUGAGUUCCUGCGAAGCCUCCGAAAGCCCUUCAGUGACAUCAUCGAGCCCAAGUUUGAGUUUGCUGUCAAGUUCAAUGCCCUGGAACUUGAUGACAGUGACCUGGCUCUCUUCAUUGCGGCCAUCAUUCUUUGUGGAGACCGGCCAGGCCUCAUAAACGUUCCCCAGGUGGAGGCCAUCCAGGACACCAUCCUGCGUGCCCUCGAGUUCCACCUGCAGGCCAACCACCCCUACGCCCAGUACCUCUUCCCCAAGCUGCUGCAGAAGAUGGCCGACCUGCGGCAGCUGGUCACCGAGCACGCCCAGAUGAUGCAGCGCAUCAAGAAGACUGAGACGGAGACCUCACUGCACCCGCUGCUCCAGGAGAUCUACAAGGACAUGUACUGAGGGUGUGCGCCUGGGGCCUCCAGGGGCAGGUGGACAGAGCAGGGAUGGGCACCACCCACGGGACGUUUCCGGAGAGCAGCCCUGAGCGCCGGCGCCGCUUGGCUCCACACUGCACCCGGAGCCGCACCGGGAGCCGUGGAAUCCCGUCCUGCGCUCAGACACGCGGUCUCUCGCCCCUGCUCUGCUCCCUGCGCUCCCUUCUUCCUCGUGCUCGGUCUCAGUCCCUCUUUCUUCUCUAAUUUCCUUGCGCUCCCUCUCUUCCUUUCUCUCUGUAGGUUUGCCUCUUCCUCCCUCCCUCCCUCCCUCCCCUUCUCUCUCCCCAUCCCUGUGUCUGUCCCUCCUUUUGUGAGACAGUUUGUGUUACUUCACCAGCAGCAUGGAACGGGUCCUCUGCCUUUGUCCACCCCGUCCCCUGUCCCCUAAGGAGCAGGAGGAAUGGGCCUGCCCUCUGUACCAACAGUCACCUGCAAGGGUAGGGGCCUCACUUCUCCUGUCUUCACAGCAAAGGAUUUGGGCCAUCCAAAGAAACACUAAGUUCUCUGGGCCAGGCUUCCUGGGGAAGCCACGCAGGGCCUGGGCUGACUGCAGCAACAGCCCGAGUCACCGAGUCACUCCCCCAGACUAUCACCGCCCUCCCCUACCCAGCCAAUCCCUCUCUAGCAGCACGUCCCAGCCCCACUGAUACCAAUGCCCUCUCUGUUCUUCUUUUCACCAGUCUUCCAGGUCAGUGUCACUGAUGGUCCCCUGCGCUGGCCGCUGGGGGACACCCCCAGCUUGGAAGGAGGUGGACGUCCCUCCAGGUGGGACCCCCACUGAAGAGGAGCAAGCCUCGAGGGAGGCAGAGGUUGGCAGGGAAGGCAGCAGGCGGUGUACUUAAUUCUGACCCCAGGCCUUGGUGUCAUCGGCACCCACCCCCCCUACUCCCACUCUGCAGCAGCCACUGACCAUGACUCCUGUUUCUCCACUCAGUGCCAGGACCCGGCCUCAGAUGCAUCCAGGAGCCCAGCUGAAGCCCACACCCCCACACACACACUCCCUGGAGCUGCCACUCCACACACACAAGCACUGACUCACUUUACCUGGUUCCACACCCUUCACCCUUCCCUCCCUUCCCUGAGACAGAUGGGCUAGAGAGGCCUACAGGCGGAUGGGCAGAGCUGGGCCAGAUCCCUUGGUGGCCAGGGGUCAGCUGAGCCAGCCCAGCACCUGCUCACGUGUGACUGCUCAGUGUGACGUCCAUUCGUCCCAACAGUUCUGCCGCCCUCCCCUUCCCGUGUUUGGCCCGGCUGGUCACUGACCCUGUGCCGCUUCUGGUGACCAGAGAUCUUGCCGGGCCCAGUCCCGCUCCUCCCACGUGAAGCACUAAGCCUGGGAAGAGGGGCUGAAGCCCAGCUUGGAUGCUGUGUCUGAGCAGGAAAGCUGAGAGCCCACCCAGGCUGCUUCUCCAGGAAAGAGACUGGCCUGGAAGGGCGAGGGACUUGGUGAGGGUCUAUGAGAAAGGUUGGGGAAGGCCUGAGGCCAGAGCCCAGGCUUCCUGGGUCCCGUCCAUCUGCCCCUGCCUUCCAUGCCCUGGGCUCAUUCUCUACUGACAAGAUACUUCCCUCUCCCACCCCCACCCUCGGCUGACCAAGGAUUGGGGUUGGGGUGCUCCCUUUGAGCCAGCGCUGUAAAGGGAGAGACGCUGUGCCUGACCCCCAGCCCCACCCCCCACCCAGGUCUGGUGCUGAGGAUAUAGCUCUUCUCAGUGUCUGAACAAUCUCCAAAAUCGAAAUGUAUAUUUUUGCUAGGAGCCCCAGCUUCCUGUGUUUUUAAUAUAAAUAGUGUACACAGACUGACAGAACUUUAAAUAAAUGGGAAUUAAAUAUUUAAGAGUUGAUUUAGGCUGACUCAGUUAUUUACAUGUUUUUCCCAGGCGGCUGACCAGACCCCUCCCCCUCCUCCAUGUCCAGCGCACGAAGUGGGAAACUUGGCUGGGCAAGUGAGACUUUGGGGUGCAGGCCAGGAGAGUUGAUUCUGGCUUGUGAGAGCUGCCCACCUUUCCCCAUCCCCCGCUUUGCCCACCAUCCGUCAGUGAGCGAGCGGGGGCGGAGGAGCGAGAAGAUGCCAUCCCCGUCCUGCAAGGAACAUCCGGGGUACCGGCGGGGGGUGGGGGGCGGGAGGCGGCAGAAAGGACACACACACCCCCUUGGUGUCACGGUACAAACCAGGGUGGUGUGAGGAGGGCCUGGGAGGGUCUCAGAAGGGCCUUGAGUGGUGUGUGGAACUGCAAAGCCAAAAACCUGUCGUUCGCUGUCCAGUUUUGGCCACCCACACAAGAGACCAGGACUUUCCUCAGCCGACACCCCAGUUUUCUCCUCUGCUUGCAGAGGUGCCAUCUUCACAGAGGCCCCAGGAGCGCCCAGCCCUCAGCAGCCAGUGGGCUGGGCCGCGGUGAGGCCAGCUCGGGGUACGUUUCAGUGCUUAUCUAGCCAGGAAAGCAGACACCCCUAAGAAUUUCAAAACGGGGAAUUUACUACAGGAAGUUGUUACAAAAGCAUUGGAAGGACUGAAAGAUCAAAAGGGGGAAAGCGGAGGUCAUCCAGACAUCAGUAACCAGUAACGGGCCGACACUCUCACCCCCGGGGCCGUGUGGGAAAUGGUAUCAUCUGGUGGCCAGCAUCUCUCGAACCUCCACCGACCUCCACCGACGCUGCAGAAACCAGGAGCCCAGAGCCAGCGAUUAACUAGCACAAAGUGCAGACACCCGCUGGAGGGGAGCGGCCCCAGGAGGCUCAAGCUUAUGGUGACGGUCAAGUGUGACACUUGCCUCCUGGUUUUCUCUGUUACUGGCCAGAGUGAUCUGAACUGUCAAGUCCCAUGAGGUUCAUCUCAGCCAGGAGAGUGACAGUCCCAGGGGAACAGGAGGAAGUGAGGAGCAGGACAAGGAAUGCUUGGAACAGGGGCAUCUCUGAAAUUGAUAGCCUUGCUUGCUGAUCUGCUUGGUUUCUUUUU